UCGUUCGUGUUGUGUCGCGUGCGCAGAUCUAACCAGUUUUAAAAUGGAUUGGUGUACAACUUGUAAUGGGAAAUAUAGAAUAGAGUCGCUCUCCGUGAAAACGUUCCACGGUGCAUUAAAUGUUAUAAGAGAAUCAUUUUGUCAAGAUGAAUACGUUUCCAUUGGAUGUGGUAUUAACAAAAACCCGAAGGCAGCAGAGGAGUUGCUGGAACUAUGCGCCGACGCAGCAUUGGAUGGUGUUUCUUUAGUGGCAGUUAAUACAGACACGGAUGAAGUGGUGUCUGUUGCUUUCAAUAAAAUACAGGUUCAAACAUCAAGUGCAUCGGAGAAAGCAUUCUUCGAGAUAUUUGCUGAGGAACGAUGCGAGGAGGAGGCGGCGCGUUCACUUAUACAGUUUAUGGCGAUCAUAUGGCGUCGAUUGUAG